AUGCGGCGUUGGUUUGCGGAACCGACUCGCAGGUUUGCCCUGAGCGUUGCGCUGCGGCGAUGUUCAACGGCAAGAAGCGGCACUGACACGCCGCCUCCCCCGCCGGGGGUUUUCAAAAAAGGAACGACGUCCUUUGGUAUCGACCAGGGCAAGUUGGACCUUGCCCUUAACCUCCAUGAGAUGGACUUUGACGCGAUGGUGAAGGCCACUCGCGCCGCAGUGACGAAGGAACGAGUGCGAAAAGAGACGUUAAUGGGAGAUGGACUGCGGUCGAAGGAAAUACUUCCUGGCAGAGAGGAGGAGGCCCCUCUCAGCGCCCCAUCUUCGUCUCCGACAGCAAGCGCUGCAGCGGCUGCCGAGCGCGUUGGCGAUGACGGUUCGACACAGAUGGAGCGCCAGAUGUUUCGUGGGAUCGCGAAUGCCAGGGAGGCCCACACCACGAACUCAUUCGCCGUGGUGAGAGAGCAACGCAAGGCGGAAGGGGCUCGUUACGGGCUCAUGGAUGCGUUGCGUGACUGUCUCUUGGCCGGAAACUGGGUGAAGGCAAUGCAUCUUUUUGAAACAGCUGUAGAGACAAGUUGCAAAGCUGUACAAACCUCCAUGCCUGCUGCUGCGGGUGCUGCAAGUGAAGAGAGCGACAUACUUGAGACGCUGCGUCGCAUUAACGCUACCACGCCUCCAGGUUUCGCUUCUAGCAGCUCCUCCAGGCAUCCGGGGGUCUUGCGGUGGAGUGGGGGUCAUUUCUACCUACUACUGAAGCUGUUGCUUGGUAAACACCGUGUAGCAGAGGCUGAACGAGUGUGGGAUGUGAUGAAGCGCAUUGGGUUUGUUGAGCUUCGCAUGAAUUCACAGACGCUAAAUCAAUGCAUGACACUGGGUAGAAGGGAGACGUUACCAGACAUCGUCUCUCCCCUCAAAGAGAGCCAUGGACAAACGGAGGAUCGACUAAAGGCCUUUCGCACGACAUUUGUACUUGAAUUGGAAGAAUGGGCGAAAAAGAAGGGCCUUUCAUUGGAUGGACGCAAUAGACAACUCACCCGUGCGGCGCAUCUUGCUGAAUUAGUGAAGCGGGGUAAGGAAAAGGGCGAGGAUGAGGCUGACGUUGGUGCCCUGAAUGGCGAAGGACUCAAAGUAGGGGACUUUAGUGGCCUGCUGCGGCGGUGCCUCUCGGAGGAAUCCACUGCUCGGGUGCUGCAGAUGAUGGAUAAAUUGCAGGUACCACGUGACGGAGAGGCUUUUGCGGCACUCAUUGCCUCCCUACGGCAACCGCAGUAUUGUUUGACGGCUCAAGACAAGACGGAUGCCGUCAGUGCCUCAAAGGAGGAAUACGAUGCUCACCGAAGCCAAAGGUUUGAACGCGCUUGCCAAUGGUUUGAGGCAUGUCCUGAAAACGAGCGCACGGCCGAUGUCUACAAUGAAAUGCUGCAACUCUCUCGUGGAGAUGAAGCAGCGGACAAAAAGUUUCAGGAGUUGCUUCUUGAGUUCCGUGGGGCACCGUUGUCCUUAGCAAACGCCGUUGUCUCUACACCUGCUCGCGUAGAAGCAGGCAACAAGGAAAAGAGUAACGGGGGCGAUGAAAAUGAGGUGGAACUUCUACCGCCACACUGGCGAGUUCCUCCCAAUGGGCGCACGUACGAAAUAUUGGUUUCCCACUGCAAAUACCGGCAAGAUUGGCAAGUUCUGUGGGCGCUCUACGAUGAGGCGAUGGAGCGACGUGUCAAAGGGACGCGUCGAUUAUAUCAAAUACUGCUGGAGGUUGCCAACUAUCAUGCACCGCGAGGCCGUGACCCAAACGCCGUGGUAAUGGAGAUCUACGAGGACAUGAAGGGACGCGGUAUCGAUGUCACGGGCAUCAAGAAUACUGUGAGUGUUGUGAACGCGUGGUGUGCCACCCGGCGUAGGCGGCGAUGGUGA